CAUGUCUACGCUGAGUUUAUACCACCGACAUGGCUAGAUAUCGUGGGCAAAGUGUCUCGAUUGUGGCCAGCGACCAGACAGCAAUCAACAUGCAUCAUACUGCUAGUAUCCGGGGGAUCUUUCUCCACGGCAGAGGUACAGUAUCGCGUGCACUCCGUCGAGAGACGAUCCAUCGCCAAGUAUUUGCCCAGUCGGCCAAGCAUUGGCACAAGGAGCCCAGCAGCGCAGAGGGCGAGAUGGCGGAGGAUGAUCCCAAGAACAAGACUGUCGUGGCCCUCCUCUGCUGUCCGCUGCUCUCCUUCUUAUAACCAUGUCCCUAUUUCAUGCUCGCUGGCUCCCCAUGUCCUCUCGUUUUCGUUGUUCGGAAAGUCCUGUUCAUUCAGGCCUCAUCGCCGACCUCGGACCAGCUUAACCCACCUCUUUGUGUGUGUGGUGAUGAGACGACCUGUGCCGGAAGAGCCACCUCGUUUUUGUUUGCUUGAUCAGUACCAUGGCAUCUGAGCCGAAGUGGCCGCCCAUGAGACAGUCUGCAACGUACUAUGAACAAUCAACGAACCCUACCUCUGAGACGACCCAGUACCAACAUCCAUAUCCGCCGUUCUCUUCGUUACUGCCGCCCCCAGUUGCCCAUGUCAGCCCACAUCCUCGAACGUGUCCUCCACCGCCUCAGCGAGCCGAACCGAAUCGAGUGCCCGGUUCCAUCUCCAGCGGCGGGUCCGGCUCGUCCGCCAGCUCGGACUGCAAGAACUACCUACAGCCAUCAUAUCAGUACAGUCCUCAGAUUGAGGGGGGCUAUAUGGAAACGACGAUAAGCAGGGAGUCGCAUCCCGGUUGGCGGACGGAAAAUGGCCGUCGUAGGAGCGACAUGGCGCGGUCGGAGAUGGUGGAAAACAACUCGGCUGUGUUCCAUUACAUACAUGAAGACCAUGUAGAAGAGGAACGGGAAGAUGACCAUGCCUUGUGGAUUCUGUUUUGGAUGUCCUUUCUCGACCCUUUGCACUGUUUCUUCAGCGCGCUGUACACGGUCUUCGCCGUCUUCGCGGUGACUCUACUUCUUCCUCUCCGACUAUGUCGCCGAGAUUGCUCGCCGAGCACGCCUCUCGUCCGCAUGGUUGCUCCAGUAUUUCGGAACCAUCUCCAGAUGAUAUGCGCCAGGUCGUUGGACGACGUCCAUACCUUCGAGUUUAGUCCCUUCUGUUUGGUUUUCAUCCAUGUGGUAUCUCCUCUUCUGAGUAUCCCCAUUGCGGUCGCGGCGUGGGUGGUUGCAGUGUUUUGGAUAUUUGCCAUCAUCAUGGGCAAUCCCGAUGGAACGGAGAGGCGUGAUGAUGGGAGAGCCACCGUGCUCCUGCUUCGGGAUUGGUGGGAGAAGUGCUUGCUGUAUGCGAUCAGGAAGUAAAGUUGAAAGAUAUGUAUUGGAUUCGGUAUGCUGUCACGAAGAGAACGAUUGAUUAGCCCUGUAUAAUCUGAGCGAAAUAAAAUGAAUGGAACCAUCUGUGUUUGAUGGUGUCUUUUGGUCCAGGA